UACGUCAUAGGUGUGCGCGCGGCGCCCCGCGCUACGUGCUUUUCUGGGCGGGAACAGCAAAAUGGCGACAGAGGUAGAGGCGCGCUGAGGACCCUGGCCCCCUUCGAAACCAGUCCCGCGGUCCCCGGGCCGCCCCGGCCCUCCCUGGACAUGGAGGACGUGGAGGCGCGCUUCGCCCACCUCCUGCAGCCCAUCCGCGACCUCACCAAGAACUGGGAGGUGGACGUGGCGGCCCAGCUGGGCGAAUAUCUGGAGGAGAUUGGCCAGCACUUAGUAGGUGCGGAAUAAAUGUUCGUUAAAGGAACUCGAUCUGACGAUAGACCUCUCCUUGGACGUGCUGUCUGCUGAGAAACUGCAGAGAGCUGUGCUGGGCGGGGCUGCUGUGGCUUCAGGUUUCCAUGUCGAGCAGGGUACUUGGGGACACCUGCUGGACCAGAUCUGCAUCUCUUUCGACGAAGGGAAGACCACCAUGAACUUCGUCGAGGCGGCGCUGUUGAUCCAGGGCUCGGCCUGUGUCUACAGUAAGAAGGUGGAGUACCUCUACUCGCUGGUCUACCAGGCCCUCGACUUCAUCUCUGGCAAGAGGCGGGCCAAGCAGCUCUCCUCGGCCCAAGAAGAUGGGGCCAGUGGGGACAUCAGCUCCGGGGCCCCCCGGGAGGCGGACAGUGAGUUCCUGUCGCUGGAUGACCUGCCUGAUUCCCGUGCUAACGUUGAUCUGAGGACCGACCAGGCCCCCAGUGAGGUCCUCAUCGUCCCCCUCCUGCCCAUGGCCCUGGUGGCCCUGGAUGAGAUGGAGAGGAAUGCCAGCCCCCUGUACAGCUGUCAAGGGGAGGUGCUGGCCAGCCGGAAGGACUUCAGGAUGAACACGUGCACGCCUCACCCCAGAGGAGCCUUCAUGUUGGAGCCAGUGGGCAUGUCACCCGUGGAGGCACUGCAGCCGAGGAAGGAGGCGGGGAGGGCGGAGGAGCAGCCAGUGGAAGCCCCUGUGUGCAGGAGUCCGGUCCCUGUGCCUGGCAUCUCCCAGGAGCCAGGCUCCUCUCCAGAAGGCCCGAUGCCCGGAGGCGGGGUUGAGGAUGAGGAUGCAGAGGGGGUGGCAGAGCUCCCUGAGGCCACGGACCCUGAGGCCCCUCUGCAGCCCCAGGAGCCCCGGAGCCCGCAGCAGAGUAUGGCCCAGCCUAUGGGGUGCACCCUGCGGGAGCGACCAGAAGCCCUAGAUCCCGCGUGCCGGCUGAAGGAGAGCCCAGACCCCUGGGAGAGCCUGGACCCCUUCAACUCCCUGGACUCUAGGCCGUUCAAGAAAGGCAGGCCCUACUCUGUGCCCGCCUGUGUGGAGGAGGCUCCAGGACAGAAGCGCAAGAGGAAGGGCGGUGCCAAGCUGCAGGACUUCCACCAGUGGUACCUGGCCGCCUACGCUGACCACACGGAUGGAAGGAGACCCCGGCGUAAGGGCCCGUCCUUUGCAGACAUGGAGGUCCUGUACUGGACGCACGUCAGGGAGCAACUCGAGACCCUCCGGAAGCUGCAGAGGAGGCAGGUGGCUGAGCCAUGGUUGCCGAGGGCUGAGGAGGGGCUGUGGCCUGUGGAGGACCACCUGGAGGAUUCCCUGGAGGACCUGGGGGCGGCAGCAGACGACCUCCUAGAGGCCGAGGACUACGUGGAGACUGAGGGUGCCGAGCCCGGGGAAGCUGCAGACCUGGAAGCAGAGGCCAUGCCGGCGGCCCUGAGCUACGAGGAGCUGGUCCGAAGGAAUGUGGAGCUCUUCAUCAGCACCUCUCAGAAGUUCGUGCAGGAGACGGAGCUGAGCCAGCGCAUCCGCGAAUGGGAGGGCACUGUCCAGCCCCUGCUCCAGGAGCAGGAGCAGCGUGUGCCUUUUGACAUUCACACUUAUGGGGACCAGCUGGUCUCCAGGUUCAGCCAGCUCAACCAGUGGUGUCCCUUUGCAGAGCUGGUGGCUGGCCAGCCUGCCUUCGAAGUGUGCCGCUCCAUGCUGGCCUCGCUGCAGCUGGCCAACGACUACACAGUGGACAUCACCCAGCAGCCAGGGCUGGAGGCGGCUGUGGAUACCAUGUCCCUGAGACUGCUUACACACCAGCGGGCCCACACGCGCUUCCAGACCUACACUGCCCCCUCCAUGGCCCAGCCCUGAGUGGGGAGCGCUGAGCUGAGGGAUGGGCACACAUCUGCUCACUCCGCCCUCGCCUCCUGGCUGGCCCAGCCUAAUAAAGUGGUGUUGCCAUCCACCUGUCCCUAAAAA